AUGCAGAUAAGAAUUAAUCCGCAUGCAGCAGCAGAUCUAAAUGUUGUUAUUUUAUUCAAAUUCUAUCCAGAGGAGGAGGAGGAGGAGGAGGGGGAGGAGGAGGGGGAGGGACAGGAAGGGGAGCAGCAGCAACUGCAGCAGCAGCAGCAAGUGCAGCAGGAAAAGGAAGGGAAGCAGCAGAAAGAGCAGCAGCAGCAGCAGCAGCAGCAGCAGCAGCAGCAGGAGGGAAGAAAAAAUGACGAAAAUGUAUUGAUGGAUAAAAAAGAACAACUACUGCAGCGACUGCACCAACAACUGCAGCAGCUGCAGCAGCAGCAGCAACAGCCGCAGCAGCAGCAGCAGCAGCAGCAGCAGCAAGAAGAUCAACAAGACGAAACUAAAUCCCCAGAUGCAACCAAGACACCAAACAAAGACGAGCAGCAGCAGCAGCAGCAGCAGCAGGAACAGGAGCAGCAAGAAAACCAGCAGCAGCAGCAACAGCAGCAGCAGCAACAACAACAACAGCAGAAGGAAGAGGAGGAAGAAGCAGAAGAAGAAUAUUGUGUACAUUUUCGUUAUGCUGCAACGCAGCAUGCAGCAGCAAUAAGCAGCAAAUUCGUUCUUACUGCAAGAUGCAGCAAUGCUCGCUACAGCGGCAGCAGCUGCUUAGGGCUGUUGCUGCUGCUGCUGCUGCUCGUUAGUAUUGGAGCAGCAACAGCAGCAGCAGCAGCAUCAACAGCAACGCAUGCUGCUGCAACACCGACAGCGAUACCAACAAAUGCAACACCAAAGGCGGCAGGUGCUGCUGCAGCGCCUGGCCUACCUUCAGCAGCAGCAGCAGCAGCAGCAGCAAAACCAGCAGCAGCAGCGAGACCAGCUCCGGCAGCGGCAGCAGUACCAAUAGCAGCAGCAGCACCAAUAGCAGCAGCAGCAGUUCGAGGGCCACUGGGUGCUGCCCCAUCACCAGCAGCAGCGGCAGCAGCAGAAGCACGAAGAGCAGCAGCUGUUUUUACAGACGACAGCAACGCAGCAGCAGCAGCACCACCACAAGCAGCCUCAGCAGCACCACAGACAGCAACAGCAGCAAGAUUGACCCCAUUCGCAGCUGCAGCAGAAGCUGCAGCGCCGCUAGCAGCAGCAGCAGCAAUAAUGAGGGCAAUGCCAACUGCAGCAGCAGCAGCAGGACCUCAUCUUGCUGCAGGAACUCCAGCAGCGGCAGUAGCAAGAACAGCGAUAGACGCAGCAGCAGCAGCAGCAGCAAGACAAGCAGCAGCAAGAGCAGUAAGAAUAGCAGCAGAAACACUAACACCAGCAGCAACAGCAGCUGCAAUAGCAGCAGCAAGAGCAGCAGCAGCAAGAGUAGCAGCAGCAGCAGCAGCAGACGAGCCAGAGUCUGAAGCAGCAGCAACCCUGCCGCAACCGGCAGCAGCACGACGACAGGCAGCAGUUGCAGCAGCAACGGCAGCAGCAGCAGCAGCAGGCGAAGAAGAAACAGCCGCAGCAGCAAGAGAUGCAGCGGCAGCAAGAGAAGCAGCAGCAGCAAGAGCUGCAGCAGCAAGAGAAGAAGCGGCAGCAAGAGCUGCCGCAGCAAGAGAAGCAGCAGCAAGAGCAGCAGCAGCAAGAGAAGCUGCACUAGCACGGCAAGAAGCAGCAAGAGUAGCAGCAGCAAGAAGAGAAGCAGCAGCAGCAGCAGCAGCAAAGGAAACCGCAAAGCGUGAAGCAGCAGCAAAAGGAGGAGCAGCAGCAACACCAACAAGGGACGCAGCAGCAAGGAAAGCAGCAGCAACAGAAGCAGCAGCAAAAAAAGCAUCAGCAAAAGAAGAACAAGCUGCAAGAGAGGCAGCAGCAAGAGACGCAGAAGCAAGAGAAGCAGCAGCAAGAGAAGCGGUAGCAAGAGAGGCAGCAGCAAGAGCUGCGGUGGCAAUAGCAGCAGCACAAGAAGCAGCAGCAAGAGCUGCAGCAGCGAAGCAAACGGCGGCAGCGAGGGAAGCAGCAGCAAGAGAGGCAGCAGCAAGAGAAAUAGCAGCUAGAGAAGCAGCAGCAAGAGACGCAGCAGCUAGAGAAGCAGCAGCAAGAGAAGCGGCAGCAAAAGAAGCAGCAGCAAGAGAUGCAGCAGCAAGCGAAGUAGCAGCAAGGGAAGCAGCAGCAGCAAGGGAGGCGGAAGCAGCAAGAGAGGCAGCAGCAGCAAGAGAACAAACAGCAGCAAGAGAAGCAGCAGCAGCAAGAGAAGGAGCAGUAGCAAGAGGAUUAGCAACAGCAGCAAAAGGAGAAGAAGACGCAGCAGAAGCGGUAGCAGCAACAGCAGCAGCACCAGAAAGUGCACCAGGAGCAGCAGCUGCUGCUGCAGCAGCAGAGCAGCAUGCAGCAAAUGCAGCAGCAGGAGCAGACGCAGCAGAAAUUGAGGCAGCACCAGAAGAAGCAGCAGCAGAUGAUGAUGAUGCAGCAGCAGAUGCAGCAGCAGUAGAGGCAGCAGCAGCAGAAGCAGCACCCGUCGGUGCAGCAGCAGCAUCGGGACAGCGAAGACAAGCCGCAGCAGGAGCAGCAGAAGAGGCAGCAGCAGCACAAGAGGCAGUAGCAACAGAGGAGGCAGCAGCAACAGAAGAGGCAGUACCAACAGCAGCAGCAGACGCUGCAACAGCAGAAGACGCAGCAGCAGCAGAAUACGCAGAAGCUGCAGAAGAAGCAGCAGCAGCACCAGAAGACGCCGCCGCAGCGGAAGCAGACGACACUGCAGCAGCAGCAGCAGCAACAGCAAAACAAGAAGCUGCAACAGCAGACCAAACAGCAGCAGCAGCAACAGAAACAGCAAGAGAAGAAACAGCAGCAGCGGAGAAAGAGGCAGCAAAACAAGCAGCAGCAAAGCAAUUAGCAGCAGAUGAUGCAGCAGCAGCAGCAGGUGAAGCGGCAGCAGACGAAGCAGCAGCAGACGAAGCAGCAGAAGACGGUGCAGCAGCAGCAGCAGCAGAAGAUGAAGCAGCAGCAGAUGAAGCAGCAGCAGAUGAUGCGACAGCAGCAGCAGCAGAUGACACAACUGCAGCAGCAGAUGGUGAUGCAACAGCAGCAGCAGCAGAUGACACAACUGCAGCAGCAAAUGACACAACUGCAGCAGCAGAUGAUGAUGCAACAGCAGCAGCAGCAGAUAAAGCAGCAGCAGAGGAAACACCAGAAUAUGAUGAAGCAGCAGCAGCAGAUGAAGCAGACGCAGCAACAGCAGCAGCAGAUAAAGCAGAGGCAGCAGCAGCAUAUUACCCAGCAAAAGAUGAAGCAACAGCAGCAGCAGCAGCAGCAGCAGAUGGAACAGCAGCAGAUGGUGCAGACGAUGAACAAGCAGCAACAGAACAAGACGAAGCAGCAGCAGACAAAGCAGCAGCAGACGAAGCAGCAGCAGACAAAGCAGCAGCAGACGAAGCAGCAGCAGACGAAGCAGCAGCAGAAGAAGAAGCAGCAGAAGAAGAAGCAGAAGGAGAAGAAGCAGUAACAGGAGCAGCAGUGGUAGAUCAUGCAGCAGCAGCAGCAGAAGAUCAAGCAGCAGCAGCAGCAGAAGAAGCAGCAGCAGAUGAAAUAGCAGCAGCAACAACAGCAGCAGACGAGGCAGCAGCAGCAGGCCAAGCAGCAGCAGAAGAAGAAGCAGCAGCAGCAGAAGAAGAAGAAGCAGCAGCAGAUGAAAUAGCAGCAGCAACAGCAGCAACCCAACAAGACAGCUCGUCGUCAUCAUUAGCAGCAGAAUCAGCAGCAGAAGAAGAAGCAGCAGCAGCAGCCGAAGAAGAAGAAGCAGAAGCAGCAGCAGAAGCAACAGCAGCAGAAGCAACAGCAGCAGAGCAGGCAACAACAGGUCGUACAGCAGUUAAGGCAGCAGCACACAAAGCAGCAACAGCAAAACUAUCAGCAGCAGCAGCAGCAGCAGCAGCAGCAGCAGCCACAGCUGCAGACGAAGCAGCAGAGGAAUUAUCGGCAGCAACCGCAGCAGAAGCAUCAGCAGCAGAAUUACCAGCAACAGCAGAAAAAUUACCAGCAGCAGCAGCAGCAACAGCAGCAACAGCAGCAGCAGCAACAACAACAACUGAAGUAUCAUUAUCAUCACCAUCAACAGCAGCAGCAGCAAAGGCAGCAGCAGGAAAAGCAGCGACAAAAGAAGCAACAGUAGCAGCAGCAAAAGAAGCAGCCGCAGCAGCAGCAGCAGCGACAAAAGCAGCAGCAGCAGCAGCAGCAGCAGCAGGAAGAGAACAGCAGCAGCAGCAGCAGCAGCAGAAAGAGCAGCAGCAGCAGCAGCUUGUGGUGCAGAAGCAACAGCACGAGGAAGAACAGCUAGAGCAGCAAGAGCGGCAAGAGCAGCAAGAGCAGCAGGAGCAGCAAGAGCAGCAGGAGCAGCAGGUGGAGGAGCAGCAGGUACGUAUGUUGCAGAUGAUGCAGCCGCCGCUUGGGAUGCAGCAGCAGCAGCAGCAGCAGCAGAUGAUGCAGCAGCCGAUGAUGAUGCAGCAGCAGCAGCAGCAGCAGCAGAUGAUGAUGCAACAGCAGCAGCAGCAGCAGCAGCAAAUGGGGGAUAAUAUAGUAUGGUUAGAGGAUGAUGACAUACCUAAGACAAUGCAGCAGCAGCAGCAGCAGCAAAUGCUAAUAUUAGAGCAGCAGCAGAAGCAGCAGCAGCAGCAGCAGCAGCAGUGCCAGACAGUAGAGAGCGUCUGCAUGCGCCAAGUAGAAGAAGUAGUAAACGAAGACUGCAGCAGAAUAGUAUGCAAAAAAAUAACGACUACUAGCAGCAGCAAAGAACUGCAGCAGCUGCAGCAGCAGCAGCAGCAGCAGCAAAGAAUAAUAUGUAAGAAUAUAAUGAUACAGCAGCAGCAAUAUGCAUGCAGCAAAACUAUUAAGACUAUUAAAUGUUAUAAAAAAAAACAUAAACAUAUGCAGCAGCAGCAGCCAGUGCUGCUGCUGCAGCAGCAGCACACGAAGCAGCAAAUGCCGCAUGUGCAGCAUGUGCAGCAUGUGCAGCAAAUUGAGCAUAUAGAGCAGCAGCAGCCAGAUAUACUCAUGAUGCAGCAGCAGCAGCUGCUGCUGCAGCAGCAACAGGAACAAAUAGAACCAUACCCUAUCGAUAAUAUGCAGAUGCAGCAGCAGCAGAUGCAGCAGCAGAUGCAGCAGCAGCAAAUGCAGCAACAGAUGCAACAGCAAAUGCAGCAGCAAAUGCAGCAGCAACAGAUGCAACAGCAAAUGCAACAGCAAAUGCAGCAGCAGCAGAUGCAGCAGCAAAUGCAGCAGCAGAUGCAGCAGCAGCAGAUGCAACAGCAAAUGCAGCAGCAAAUGCAGCAGCAGCAGAUGCAACAGCAAAUGCAGCAGCAAAUGCAGCAGCAGCAAAUGCAGCAGCAGAUGCAGCAACAGCAGAUGCAGCAAGGGUAUAUGGAUCAAGAGAUGGUGCUAGAGGAUGAAGACAGCUUGCUGCAGCUGCAGCAACAGCAACAGCAGCAGCAGCUGCAGCAGCUGCAACAGAUGCAACAGCAGCAACAGAUGCAGCAGUUGCAACAGCUGCAACAACAGCAGCAGCAGCAGCAGAUGCAGCAGCUGCAGCAACUGCAGAGCUUGCCACCGCAGCAGCAGCAGCUUCUGCUGCAGCAACUGUCACCGCAGCAGCAGCAGCUACUGCUGCAGCAAAUGCAGCAACAGCAGCAGCAGCAGCAGCUUGCUUCUGGCUAUGAUGGAGACGCAAUGGGCUACGGCAUGUACGGUAGAGACACUCCCGCCGCAGCAGCAGCAGCAGCAGCAGCAGCAGAUAUGCAUGCAGAGGAAGACUAUGGCAUGCAGAUGUGGGGCCGCGCUCUUAGCAAAAGUAAUGACGAUCGUGCUGCAGCGGCAGAAAUUGCUGCUGCUGUUGCUGCUGCUGCUGGCGCAGCAGGAGAAGUAGAUACAACUGCUGCUGCUGCUGCUGCUGCAGCAAAUGAGGAGGAAGAAGAUGAGGAGGAAGAAGAAGAUGAUUUGCUGCAGCAGAGACAAUUAGCAAUAAAAAGAAGAAAGAAGAUGCAGCAAGCAGGCAUGCAUGCUGCUGCUGCUGCUGCUGCACCUCCUGUUGCUGUUGCUGCGCCUCCUGUUGCUGUUGCUGCUGCUGCUGUUCCUGUUGCACCUCCCCCUCCUGUUCCUGUUGCACCUGUAGUACCUGUUGCACCUCCCGUUGCUGCUGUUGCUGCAGUUGCUGCUGUUCCUGUUGCACCUGUAGUUCCUGUUGUUCCUGUUGCUCCUGCACCUCCUCCUCCUCCUCCUCCUCCUCCUCCUCCUCCUCCUGCAGGAAAGGAAGCAGUAACUCGUGUAUGCCGAGAGGUAGAGAAGCAAGUACCAGCAACAUGCACAAGAACAGUAGUGGGCCGUGAGGUGUAUACAUGCAUGCAACAGCAGCAGCAGCCUUGUAGGCAGCAGAAGCAGCAACAGCAGCAGCAGAAACAGGAGGAAGAGGAAGAGGAAGAGGAGGAGGAAGAGGAAGAGGAAGAGGAAGACGGGGAACAGCAACAAGAGGAGGAAAAGGAGGAAAAGCAGCAAAUGCAGCACCAACAGCAGAAGGAACGACGACUGCAGCAGCAGCAGGAGACGCAGCAGCAACUGCAGCAGCAGCAGGAAGUAAACUGUUAUGCAACAAGAAUAAUAAGAGAUGAAUAUCCUUGUACUAAAUAUACAUUCAGAACUGCCUGUACACCCCAAACACCACAGCAGAAGCAGCAGCAGCAGCAGCACGUGCAGCAAAAGCAGUAUAUGCAGCAAAAGCAGCACAUGCAGCAACAACGGCGACUGCAGCAAACGCAGCAAAUGCAGCAAAAGCAGCAAAGGCGGCAACUGCAGCAAACGCAGCAAACGCAGCAAAAGCAGCAAACGCAGCAAAGGCAGCAACUGCAGCAAGCGCAGCAAAGGCAGCAACUGCAGCAAGUGCAGCAACAGCAGCAGAGGCGUCAACUGCAGCAAAAGCAGCAAAUGCAGCAAAGGCAGCAAAAGCAGCAAGAACAAUCUGCAUAA